CCAAUUCCCACACUUGGGUAUUGGGUACUAUCCAAUUCAACAAUGUGGUGAUAGAUGGGCCAGAAAAUUAACAGGCCCGGCCCACAAAGGGCGCGGGAAACCCGACGGCCGAUCCGUGGUCAACUCGGAACUCAGCUGGGUCAACCCCUAAAACCAUCAGAAAGUCUUUCUUAAUUGACAAGGAGGAAGAAGAUACAUGUUUGAAUUAGCCCCAAUUCGAGAACCAUUAGGAAUCUAUCUGUAAAUUAAUAUUAAUCAAACAUUAGAUAUACACCAAGUUGUAUACAUACAGAAUCUGAUCAUAAGUCUUCCGCGGAGGGGAACAGCUGCACCAAUUUACCAUCAAUUUAUCGGCGCCUUCAAAUCGAUCUUCCGCGAUUCCGUAUUGGAUGAUGCGAUUCGAGAAUAUUCUGAUACUUUGUUGAAUUAUUGAGGUGGAGCUGUCGAUUUUUUUAAGCUGCUAGGGUUUUUCCCCCUUUGGUAAUGAGAUUUAGUAGAAAGACAGGAUUUUGAUCGGUCUUCGUUAAGAAAUUAUUAUUUGGUGGGUGUUCGUUAAGCGCAUUGUUUUUCGUGAAGAUGAUGAUCAGUUAUUCAAGCCCGGCUAAGUUGAAAACCAAGCCGAUUAUAUACGAAAAUGUGAUUGUUGCAAGCGGUUCUUUCACACUGGAGCAGCUCAAAGAGCUAAGCGCCAAGCGUAAAGCAAUCGAAGAUUUCAUUAACGAAAACAGCUUCAUUCCAGAAGCCAUCGCCAGAGAAAUGUCUGGCGGUCUCACAUCCCGUUGCGAACAGGACAUUCAGAAAGUCGAGAGCUACUUACCCUUGUUGGAAAAUCUUGUUCGUCACAUCGAUUUGAAUCAAGGGCAUGUUCAGGUAAAGCGGUGGAUUUCGGAGCUUAAAAUAAGAUGGUGCAGCGGGCUUAUUCAGCCACCUAUUUUCCAAGGCCCGAAAUUCUAUCAGAUUAACGAUGUCCGUUUCGAGCUUGUAAUGACACUUUUCGUUUACGCUGCUUUACUUCGUGAACGGGCUUUGGAAAUUCUACCAUCAGAUCUAGUUCAAUCUGCAAACCUUUUCAGAAAAGCGGCCGGAGUGUAUGUAUAUGUCAACGAACUUGUAAGUAUCGCACUUUGGACAGGAGAAAUGCCGCCCGAAGCUACACCUACCGUGUCUAGUAUCAUGAGCUUAAUUUGCGUGGCAGAUGCUCAGGCUGUAACUGCAAGAAAGGGGGAAGAAAAAAGUAAUACAGGAGGGCUUUUAGCGAAAUUGCACUGUGGUGUUAAAGAAACUUUAGUUGAAGCUAUUGGUAUAUUCCAAAACUCAACCGAAGUAUGCAAGGAUAUUUCACCUCGUUUUCUGGAUUUUAUGUGGAGUUGCAGAAUCUUGCACGAGAUGUUGAGUUGCAAAUACUUUGUGGAAGGCCUAAAGAGCGAUGGUAAAGUGGGGCCCGCGAUUGGAUAUCUCCGUUGGUCUAUAGCAAAUGCAAAGAAAAGCCAACCAAGAGAAGACUCGUCGAAAUUGGUUUGUAAGCAAGUGAUUGAUGAGUUGAUUCUGUUGCUCCAAAAAUACGAGCAUGAGAAUAGUUUUGUCUGGCAUGCGAAGGUUCCGGAUAACGACGAGCUGCCUUCCCCUGAAGCUGUAAGAAUUGUUAGUCACGUUCCUUAUGAACCUCAAAGAUGGGAAAGAGAACUUGUUUUCAAAUUGUGAGUUGUUGUGAAUAAUAUGUCUAGUAAAAACAUUUCUUUUUUCUUUAUAUAUAUAUAUAUAUAUAUACACACACAUAUAUAUACAUUAUAAUCGGUAUGGAUACAAGUAUGAUUUACUUGUAUAAUUGACAAAUUUGUUAAUCUUUAUUGGAUGAUUUUCUCUCAUGUUUUA